AUGGACAUUACAGUGUCCCCCCAUUGGCACAUCCGGCCGGGGGAGCACGUAUACCUCUGGUUGCCUCACGCGGGGUCUCGCUCGUGCUUCCAACUACAGCCCUUCUAUGUCGCUUACUGGGAUGAUGCGCCCGGACCGCGCAUCCUGUACAUUCUGACCCGACCACAAGCCUCCAGCCUCAGUACACGACUCUACCUCCGCGAAUGGCUACACUGGCGUCGACAGCCUGCACUGUUGCUGGGGCCAUACGGCCGAUCGAUCGACUUCUCUCUAUUUGGGACGAUUGUGUUCAUCGUAGAGGACAUUGGUAUUUUGCGAAUGCUUCCCUAUAUCCGCAUGCUCGUCCAGGCGAGCGAGGAGCGGUGGGCCAUGGUACGCAAGCUGAAAAUCGGGUGGCAGAUGCAAGACUUUGACCACCAAUGCUGGCUGGGCGAUUGGAUGCAGGACUUGUUGGACCUCGACCGCAGUGAAUUUAAGAUUCUUGAAUUUCGUCUCUAUUACCUUAGAAAGGGGACUUCCGCUAACCCCGGUGAUGGGUUCGGAGAACGAAUUAAACUGUGUCAAGGGCCACUGAUGGCCAGAGAAAUCGCCCAAGGUCACCUGAGCAAGCGCCGUGGGAAGCUAGCUGUCGGUGGUAGGUUUACUUCCCACCCGAUCGAUUCAUCCGCCAACCUACAACGGCUGCGUGAUGAGAACGCUUCUGACAGACCGUGUUGGACGUGCGCCCGAAGACUAAUCUUGGUCCACCCUAGUGUGCGCCUGUCAGUCCAUUCGCCAACCGGUCCAGGAUGUCGUCCAGCCUCGGACGGGGCCGGAUAUCAAACUCUUUGA